CCCGAUGUCAUGACGUCCCAAGCAGACCAUCCAUUCAACGAGCCUUCUGCUGACAUAAUCAUCUGUUCCUCCGACAAUGUCACCUUCAGGCUGCACACAGUCAUCCUUUCCCUCGCCUCCGAUUUCUUCAAAGAUAUGUUCAGUCUUCCGCAACCGGGCGUUCCCUCUACUUCCGAACCUGGAGAACUCCCUGUCCUCAAUGUGACCGAGUCCAGUGACGUGCUGGAGAGGCUAUUCCGGCUAUGCUAUCCGGUGGAUCAUCCAACACUAGGCACGAUUCAUGAGGUACGCUCUACUCUCGAAGCGGCGUUGAAGUACCAGAUGGCAGUGGCGAUCAAAAUUGCAAAGAGGAGGCUCCGGUCUCUCGCUUCUGCCGACCCGCUGAGUGUGUACGCCGUCGCGUGCUGUUUCGAUCUCGAGGCGGAGGCAGCAGCAGCAGCAAAGGAGGUGCUGAAGCAGAAGCUUCAGACCAGAUACGUCCCAGAGCUGGAGGAUUUAUCAAUCGGCGCGUAUCAUCGGCUUCUCUCGUAUUGCGAGCGUGGAGGCAGGGUAAAUGACCGAUUCAGGUUCACUUUCCAUACCUCGGGCGGCGGUCGAAAUCGGCAGACACCUAUGUCCACACCCUCUUUGACCGAGGCUUCCCUUGAGCCUGUCGCCCCCAAUGUCCUUCCAGAGACCCGGACCGCCCCCCAUCCGUUCGAUUCUACUGAAGCGGAGGUGACUUUGGUCGCGUCCGAUGGCAUGGAAUUCCACGUCUUCAAACAUAUCCUUCGGCUGUCGUCUCCGGUCCUUACCUCUAAGGUCUCAGACAUCCAUCCUCCUUCGCCCUUGCGAGUGCCUUUGUCAGAGCCAAGUCGCAUCCUAUCCCUGCUUCUCCAACUAUGCUACCCAGUACCCGAGCCUCGUUUAUCGGAUUUGCACGACAUCAGUGCCGCGCUCAUCGCAGCAGAGAAAUACGAGAUGCAGCGCGCUUGUCAUGUUCUCCGUGCUGCUCUUACCGCCAAAAAGGACGAUGUCUCUGAGGACCCUGUGCUCCUAUACGCCGCCGCCUGUCGUUCUGGUAUGCGCGAGCUUGCGACGGCAGCCGCCAAACGUGCCCUUCGCUCCGACAUCUUGAAGACACCCGCCUCUGAGCUGGACUCGAUCGGCGUUACCGGCGGUUGCCUCCAUCGCCUCAUCGACCAUCGCGAUCGCUGCCGCGCUGCUGUUGGAUCUCUAUUCGUCAACUUUUCGAUCGAUUGGAUCAGCUCGGAUGUGUAUCUUCAGCUGCAGGACUCCGUUCGGUGUGGCUACGCCGGCGAAAACCCUUGCUGGUUCGAGCCGUACCUGUUGCGGCUCUCCGGACAGCCCUGGCCUAGCGCCGAGUUCGCGACCAACGAGGACCUCCUGCAGACCAUAUUGGAGACUACCCGCGACCCUAUUAGUAGCUACCCCUGUAGCUAUUGCGCGAGUGUUCAAGGGACAUUCUUGUUACUCAAACUGAGUAAGUGCGCUGCUGAGGCUAUAAGUGUAGCGGAGAAAAAGGAACCGUUGAAGUGGCUAUCUCCUGCGCAGUACUCUGAACGUGCUUUCACUCCGGCUACCCCUUCGCGCUCUGCUUGAAAGAGUCAGAUUUGAGAGACUUAUACGCUCAGGGUGGCGACAACGUCGGGACCGUUCUCGGUCACCCGAUUCCUAAACGAGCGCUCAACUCCCGGCCCGCAUAGUCGCUUAUUCAAAUUACCCGCAAGCAAUUCCUACUCACGUGCAUCGAAUCUUUCGUUGCGUCCAGUAACUCUUGCCGCAGCCUCCACCUCUUUCCCCAGUACUUCCUGCCAGCAUAGGAUCGCCUCUGCCAUCGACAUGGGCAAGGAUUCAGGUGACUCGACUCGAGUGGCAUCGUCGCCAUUCGACGGAUCGACUGGAGAUGUCAUAUUGCGAAGUUCCGAUGGCGUCGACUUCCAUUGUUUCAGCCAGAUCCUUGUCGCAGCAUCCUCAGUGUCCGAAGGCAUUGUCGCCGUCGGCACCCCCUUCCCCGAUCCCUCGAGCUCUGCUCAUAACCGGCCCAUCAUCCCGAUGAGCGAAGACAGCAAGACACUCGACUUCCUCUUGCGGUUCAUCUAUCUAAUCCCCAAGCCGGGGCAGUCGCGUUCUCUCGAAGAGGCUGCGGUUUUCCUCGAAGCAUCGCUGAAGUACAUGAUGGAGUACCCCGCAUCGAUCCUAACGCAAGACCUACUCGCGUUCGCACCGGGUCGCUCCAUGCAAGUUUGGGCGAUUGGCUGCCGGCUCAUGCUGGAGGAGGUCGCGCGAGCAGGCGCGGAACGCAUGCUGCACUACAGAGACCUUGGGAGCUACACGCACUUACAUCAGUUCGUGCCCAUCACAGAGUUCAUACGCCACGCGGACGCUCGCGGGGUCAGCGCCGCGGACUACUGCCGCCUCUCAAUAUACCACAGCCAGCGCGGCGAGGUCGAACCAGGUUUUACGUUCACUCGUCCCCUCCCUCGCCAGACGCAAGAGCGACAGCUGUCUGGUCCGACUGGUGGCGACGCCGGUAUUCCUUGGGCUUUCUUCACUUCGGUCGUCCUUCCGGACAUCACGUGCAGCGCUUCCGACGGGAGGACGUUCCCAGCACACAAGGGCUUGCUGUGCAUGGACUCUUGGUCCUGAGAGACAGGAUCAUGGACGAGAUGAUUGUUGGAGCAUCUAGGAACGCUCCCCAGCAGUCUGUUUCCACCCUCAACUUCGCGGAGCAGAGCCCGAUCUUGGCUCAUCUCCUGCGUCUGUGUUAUCUCGGCGACGCUCCGCUCCCCCAAGACCAUCACCUGUUCCUCGCUGUGCUCAAGGCAGCAGAGAAGUAUGAUAUGACACGCAUCGUUGAUCUUCUCGUUGCGAAGUGGGAGUCUGUUUCCGCUGUUCACCCUGCCUCCUUGUAUUUCGCUGCUCUCCCCUACGGAUUUCCUGAGCUUGCGAGGAUUGCCGCCCGCCGCGUUCCCCGAAGUUCACACAAGCUAUACGUCCCCGAGAUGGAGCUUGCACCUGCGAUCCAAUGGCAGCUGCUAAGCGACUACUGGGAAGGGGCUGCCACUGCUGUCGAUCGCGUUCACCACGCAACCUCCAAGGUCUGGCGCAGUGAGGCAGCGUUGGCUCCACUCGAGUCUCAGAGUCCCCAACCGCAGAAGGAAAAACAGCGCCAGAAGUCAUCUACAUCGCCCCUGCAUCCGCGCGGGCUGCCCUGCCACGUUGGCUGUGAGACCCGUGGUCCGGAGUGGGUUCAGCAACGCCGAGAUGAUGUCGUUGCGGAGCUACGCCAGCGGCCAUCGGCGCAGGAUAUGCCCUCGGCAGAGGAGCUCUUCCAGAGGUCUGUCGCGCCGACACUGUCGGAGAAGCCGUGGUGCCCCUGCUGUUUCAACAUUGCGCAGGAUCUUGUGAGGAUGGGGACCACAUUCCGACAGGGAAUGAGAUUGGCGCUGGACGAGGUUCCUUUGGUCGCUUAAUUUCAAGCCUUGGUUUGAGCUUCGUUUACUUCAUCGCCGCUGGUGGUCAUUGACUCGCCUCCCGUGUGAGACCGUGCUGUAGAACUUCCGAUGUGAUGGCCCCACGUAGCGUCUUAAGUCGUUGGACACGCUCGGUGACGCCACCUUGGAAUGAUGUCUGUGAUUUUCGUGGGAUGCGAGAAGUUCUGUUUGCAAUACUACGGAUACCAUUGGCAGGAUGAAUGGACUUGGUGUCAUCAUGUAGACUAUGUAGUGACAUUAUGUGGGACACCUCGUGGCUUCGAGGCUGGGCUCGUCUUACAGCAUUGCUUUGUCAAGGAGACAAGCUAUUCUAGCUCAGCCGCCGCCGCGCCACUGGCAUGGUAGCCCAUCUCUCGCCCUAGUUCAUCGCACCUCUCAAAGCUAAAUUAAUC